CCUGUCUGUCAAAUUGACAAGCAAACGAGCUGGCUUACGGAGGCCGGGUGAAUUAGUCGCGUUUUAUUUUAACCACAAAAAAAUAUUUCCAUUUCAUUGCAAAUAUUAUUAUCAGCAACUAAAAAUGCCGAGGGAAGUGGAUGUGAAAGCAUUGGUAUCGCAUAUUGUUCUGGGCAAUGGAAUGGACAAAUGUAGAAUAUGCAUGGGCGAUACAACAAAUGGCCAGGUGCACCUUGGAGAUACGGUUAUGACUGACGACGAUAAACCAGUGACCCUUGCAGAGCUGUUGGAAAUUAUUACAGGUGUAGAGGAGCUGCAGUUGGGUGACCUGCCUUCCACACUGUGCACAAAAUGCUCACACUCUACAAUCGAAGCUGCUAGUUUCAUUAUGUUCUGUCAAAACUCUGCCAGAAAUUGGGAAAAUAUUGCAACAACAUUUGAGGCCAUAUUGCCCAUGAAAAACAUUCCAAAGCGAAAGUCUUUAUUUCUUAUAUUAAAUAAAGGCAUAACAAAAUUCAUAGAAGAUAAACCCAAGACACUAAAAAUUGCAGCGAAAAGAUUGACAGAACAAUUUGCAAAGGAUGAUGACACUAAGAAAAUCAUUAAAAAAAGGGAUGAAUAUGCCAAAAGCCACACUUGCCAAUGUCCAAAUUGUGGGAAAAAAUUCUUAUAUGCACAAAGUUUAUUUCAACAUUUAAAAGAAUCUACAGAUAUGCAACGGGCUUGUCAUAUUUGUGCAGAAAUCAUGUCUAGAGAUGAUUUAGUCAAGCAUCUGAAAAACGAACAUGAUAGAAGGGCAUACGAUUGUAAGAAAUGUCCAGCUUUGUUACGCACUCAUGGACAAUAUGUAAGACAUUUAGGACAAGCUCAUUCCAAGGGUGUGUGUACUUGUGGAGAAUGUGGACGUAGCUUCCCUUCCAACCCUGCAUAUCAUGCCCAUCUCACAGUCCAUGCUCUGAAAACUUGUCCCGGAUGUGACAGUCCUUUCCGUAAUCAUUCUUGCUAUUUACAUCAUGUGAAAAGAUGUUGCAAUCUAGAUAAAAAUAGAUAUGAUGCAUACCAUACAAAGAACAAAGUUACUGUAGAAGUGAACAAUUUAAGAAGUAAACGGAAGGUGCGAGUUGGAAUGAGAGGUAGUGCUGAUACACAAUGUAUUUGUGAUUACUGUGGCAAUAAGUUUUCUGGGAAGAAAUUUGUCUGCGCUCAUAUUCAAAUUGUCCACUUAAAAAACACACACAAACCUUGUAUAUAUUGUGGAAAGCUACUAGCAGCAGCCCAUAUGACAGAACAUGUGAAAAUUCACAAACCAGACCGUUCCUACAAAUGUGAAUACUGUUCAUUUGUUCUUAAAAGCAAAUUAGGUUAUGUGCAACAUGUUAGAUUACAUACGGGAGAAAAACCAUAUAAAUGCAAGCAAUGCGGAGAGUCAUUUUCAGCAUCUUCAAGAAGAUCUGAGCAUAUGCGCAAAGUCCAUUCUGUGGAAAUUAUUCUUAAACAUGAAUGUCGACUUUGCCCAGCAAAAUUCCACUUGCCUUACAAACUACGGAGACAUAUGGCUACUGUACACAACAAAGAGGAAUCAUUAAUAUUGUUUGAGUGCACUAUUUGUCAUGAAAAGUUUGGUAGUUGUCGGGGCUUGUUGCAUCAUAGCAGGAAACAUCAAAAAGCUGCAAAUCUGAAGAAAAGAAAGAAUAACGGACUGAUUCCAAACUCGUUUCAGGUGGACGAGGACAGCGGUGUGCCAGGAGGGAUUUGCAAGGCAUGCCUGCAGGACGCCAUGGCUUCCUUUCGCUUCAGGCAACUCGUGAGAACCUCAGCUGAUUACUGGGAAAAUUCUACAUCAUUCCUCACACAUGUCCACGACCCGACAGAACACGACAAGUCUUAUUUCAUCUUCUACGCGCCGGACAACAAAUCAGUAAUGGUAGUAAAAGAUCAAGCACAAAGCGCUAAGAACACAGACGAAGCUUUGCUACGACUUGUAGACUUUCGACGACCUCAGCGCAAACCGAAAAAUAUAUCAUUGUUUGACUGCUCCUGUCCUGAUUGCGGGAAAAAGUUCAACGGACCGCUACUUUUGAAUAAACAUCUUAGGAAUACUUUGAAAAGAGUUUGUAACGAAUGCGGAGAAGUUAUGUUGAAAGCUAAACUGGCCUCGCACAUGUUGAAACAUCACGAAAUCGAAGUCUUUAGCUGCUCAAUAUGUCAUAAGAUUUUCAAUGACACCAAAAAAAUGAAGCUACACUCUUUUAAAAGUCAUAGUAAUAGAGAUACCCAGUGUGAUAUAUGUAAAAACGGCUUUGAUUCUGUUAGGUCACUGAACGGGCACAUGUACUGUCAUUCUCUGUUCCAUUGUAACAAAUGCUCGAAAAGUUUCGACAGCCUCAAAUGCUACCGGUACCAUCAAGGCCAAUGCAAUCCCAGUAAAGACAAAACUGAUCAUAAUAUAAAAUAUACUUGCGAUUAUUGUGGCUCUUCUUACGACUUAAAACCAUCGCUGCGUAUCCACAUAAUACAAAAACACUUGAAUGUUUUACCUUAUGUUUGUGAACUUUGUGGUAAACGAGCAUCGACCAAAGCACAUCUGCGAUCACAUGAAGCUGUUCACACGCAAAAGAGAAAGAUAUAUGAAUGUCAUUGCGGUGCGAGGAUGCGAACAGAGCUUGGUUUCCAGAUGCACCAGCGUAUCCAUACUGGUGAGAAACCUUACGAAUGCGACGAGUGUGGUGACAAGUUUCUGUCCGCUUCCAGAAGGUUGGACCAUAUAAAACGUAGACAUAGAAGUAUUAAGGAAAUGCCGCACGCGUGUGACAAAUGUCACGCGAGAUUUGUGCUCGAUGAGCCGCUUUGUCCGAUCGGUAUCUGCAUCACAUGCGUGGCCCACGUGCUCGCCGCCCAAGAAUUCAGGAUCUUUGUGAAAAACUCGCAAAAACUAUGGUCGAAAGCCUUGUCUUCCCUCCAUGGCCUCCCCGAAGGAGCGUCUCCACCAGUAAAAACUCUAUGCGCUUUUAUCAAACCCGACACUUUAGCUUUACAUACGUAUAAAAAUUAUACAGGAGGUGAUUCCAAAACUGUGUUGAAUAAAAUAAAAAGUCGUCUCACCAAGAAAAAACGUGUCGUGAGAACCGGCCCGCCUUGCGAGUGUCCAGAUUGUGGGAAACAUUUUCUGAGUCCACAUUAUCUCAGCAUGCAUCUGAGUAAUAGUGGCCAAAAAGAAGUAUGUGCCGUUUGUGGAUUAAUUGUUUUUAGAGGGAGAGACACGGUGAAACAUAUGGCCGAAGCCCAUGGACAAAAUGUUAGUUUAUGCAAAUAUUGCCCUCAAUUUUUCAAAAAUGAAUUACAAUUGAAAAAACAUGUGAAAAAUGCGCAUAGGCUUAGUGCGUUAACAUGUAGCGAUUGCGGACGAACAUUCCCGAGAAAGGCGUCGUUCGAAGCUCACUCGCAGAUGCACGCGGUGCGGACUUGCCGCGCGUGCGGCGCUCAGUUCACCAACCGGGCGUGUUACCGGGAACACAGGGCUAAGUGUGAGCCUGACGCGAAGCCCGAUGUCAAAUCUUUACCACGAAACAAACGCUGCAACGUCAGAGACCCGGCUUACUUCAUAUGCGACUAUUGUGGAAAGGUUUACACGUCGCGACCUCAGCUGAAGAAUCAUAUAAUAUGGAUUCACAUGAACGUGCGCCCUUAUCAAUGCACUUAUUGCGAGAAAAGAUUUUAUACUGCGGGUAGGAUGGCAGAACAUACCGUAGUGCAUACGCGCGAAAGAAAUUUCGAAUGUGAUAUUUGUGGUGCGAAAUUAGUUUCCAAAAUGGCUGCCGUUUACCAUAGACGAAGGCACACGGGGGAAAAGCCCUACGAAUGUAAAGAUUGUGGCGAAAAGUUUUUAUCUGCGUCGCGGAGGUCUGAGCACGCCAAGCGCAGACAUGGGAAGGGAAUCAGACAUCAAUGUUUGCAUUGUCCAGCUAAUUUCGUCAGGACGUGCGAUUUGAAGAAGCACACAGAAAAAUAUCAUAAUACGCCGCAGAAUUUUAUGGUUGCGGUCGAAAGUUAGUUUAGUUUCUGACAUGUUUAAUAAAAUUCAUUUUAAAAUUU